UUUAGUAUCGCAAGCUCUGUUUUUUAAUAUAUAUUCUCUCUCUCCGCAAAAAUUUUCGAUAUAAGAGCUUUGAAGAGCAAAAGAACAAACUCGAAGGAUUGUAUUCGCUCAUGGGGAAGAGAUGCUGUUUUUUCUCUCUGUAUUUUGUGGGUCUUUCUCUAUCUUUAUGGCUGAUUCGAGAGGCAGUUGCAGGGAGAGAAGAGCCUCUGCUGCAGAGCUAUGAGAAAUGGAAUUUUGGGUAUAGCAAAUCUUUUAGUAUGAUUUUUGAUACUUCCAAGUAUGGGAUUUUUCAGCUCAACAACGGCUUGGCUCGAACUCCUCAGAUGGGAUGGAAUAGCUGGAAUUUUUUUGCUUGCAAUAUCAAUGAAAUUGUCAUCAAGGAAACAGCUGAUGCACUUAUUUCAACUGGCUUGGCUGAUUUAGGUUAUGUUUAUGUCAACAUAGAUGAUUGUUGGUCUUCUGCAACACGAGAGGUACAGGGUCAGUUGGUCCCUGAUCCAAAAACAUUUCCAUCGGGAAUCAAAGCUCUUGCGGAUUAUGUACAUGGGAAAGGCCUCAAGCUUGGUAUCUAUUCUGAUGCUGGGAUUUUUACAUGUCAAGUUCGACCAGGGUCACUUUACCAUGAAAAAGAUGAUGCAGACUUGUUUGCUUCUUGGGAUGUGGAUUAUCUAAAGUAUGAUAACUGUUACAAUUUGGGCAUUGAACCAAAAAAAAGGUACCCACCAAUGCGUGAUGCUCUUAAUGCAACUGGACGUACAAUUUUCUAUUCACUUUGUGAAUGGGGUGUCGAUGACCCUGCCUUAUGGGCUGGGAAAGUUGGAAAUAGUUGGCGCACAACAGAUGACAUCAACAAUUCAUGGGCAAGCAUGACCACUUUAGCUGAUCUGAAUGAUAAAUGGGCAGCCUACGCAGGACCUGGUGGAUGGAAUGAUCCAGAUAUGUUGGAAGUUGGCAAUGGAGGCAUGACUUACCAGGAGUAUCGUGCUCAUUUUAGCAUCUGGGCUUUGAUGAAGGCCCCACUUUUGAUUGGUUGCGACGUGAGAAACAUGACAGCAGAAACUUAUGAGAUUCUAACAAAUGAGGAGGUCAUUGCCAUAAACCAAGACCCACUUGGGGUCCAGGGAAGGAAAGUUUACACUGCUGGAACUGAUGGUUGCCUACAGGUCUGGGCAGGUCCUUUGUCAGGAAAUCGCUUAGUGGUUGCUCUCUGGAAUCGUUGUUCCAAAGCUGCAACAGUUACAGCUAAAUGGAAUGUACUUGGGCUUGAAUCUGGCACCAGUGUCUCAGUGCGAAACUUGUGGCAGGUAAGGAAACUGAAUCACAUGGAGAUUUCGGCAGAGUUUACUGGUAUUGAAGGCAUAAACAACAGCACAAAGAUGUUACAGGAGAUGCAGUGGCAUCAUUUGGUGCUCGAGUUGAUUCUCAUGACUGUGCAAUGGGUAGAUUGGCUUCUGUUGAGUGGCGACAGGUGAACAUCUGAUUCAAUGUUUCCAGCACAGCCGUUCAAAUUUCAUUCAUUUAUCCUUUAUAAGAUAUUGAUAGAUAUGGCCAUGGUCCGCUGGACUGAAACUGGCGUAAACCAGACGGUUUUCUCUCUUGUAAACCAGGCUGGAAUUAGACUAAUUGUAAUGGGUUCAUCUUCAUCUUCCUUUGGUUAUCCAACAUGCUUUGUCCUUUACAUCUAUUUGAUUUCUCGGC